AUGGCGACGCGCAAAAAGGUCCUGCUCAAGAUUUUGGGCGAUUCGGGUGUCGGCAAGACCUCGCUGAUGAACCAAUAUGUCAACAAGCGCUUCUCGGCUGCGUACAAGGCGACGAUUGGUGCUGAUUUCCUCACGCGCGAGGUGAUGGUCGACGGCCGCCUGGUCACGAUGCAGCUCUGGGACACCGCUGGCCAGGAGCGCUUCCAGUCGCUGGGUGUGGCGUUUUAUCGUGGUGCCGACUGCUGUGUGCUUGUGUACGACGUAAACAACCCCAAGUCGUUCGAGACGCUGGACAGCUGGCGCGACGAGUUCCUGAUCCAGGCGAGCCCCCACGACCCCGACAACUUCCCGUUCGUGGUGCUCGGCAACAAGAUCGAUAUGGAGGAGAGCAAGCGUGUCGUCUCGCAGAAGCGCGCGAUGACCUGGUGCCAGAGCAAAGGCAACAUUCCUUACUUUGAGACUUCGGCCAAGGAGGCGAUCAACGUCGAGCAGGCGUUCCAGACCAUUGCCAAGAAUGCGCUGCAGCAGGAGGCCGAGGCGGAGCUCUACGCCGACUACCCUGACCCGAUCAGGAUCGACUCGGCGAACCCUCGGUCAUCGGGGUGCAACUGCUAA